CAUUUACAGCGGCAACUAUUAUUAUAUCGUACUGAGCUUGGGAAGACAUUUAACCAGCUAUUUUUGUUCUUAAAGAACCUGUGUAACGGGUCAAGCAGCAUUUGUUUUCUUACCAGAAAGCCAACAUGAACCGUUGGGUUUGUUUCGUAUGCAUACUACUGCUGCUUGUCCAAAAGAGGUUAGUCCUGGAGCAGCUAUUUGUGGCGGCGGCAGCGUUGGGGUGGCUGCUGCUUCAACUCCUUGCUAAACGAAAGCGAAGGGAAUGUUUUCUUGUGGACUUCACCUGCUACAAACCGCCUGCGGAGCGCCAGGCUAACACGGAGAUGAGCAUUUACCUUUCAGUAAGGAUGGAGCCUAUCAUUCCAGAACACCUGAAAUUCCAGUGGAGAGUAUUUCUGCGCUCCGGUGUGGGGGAAGAGACAUCGUUGUCGCGUUUCUUUUUCAAUGACGAAAUGGUGGCCACAAUAGAGGAAGCACGGAUCGAGAUGGAGGAGUGCUUCAUCGCAACGGCGGACGAUUUGUUUGCCAGGACACGCAUCACACCACAAGACAUCGAUAUAGUCAUCGUAACGGUUUCGGCCUUCACGGCGGCGCCGUCGCACGCGUCCGUUAUAGCGAACCACUAUAAGAUGAAGGAGAGCGUCAAGGCGUUUAAUCUUUCCGGCAUGGGCUGCAGCGCCAGUGUUUUAGCAGUGAACAUGGCCAAAGAUCUGUUGCUCGUAAAUCCGGACUCCUACGCUCUCAUCCUCUCCACCGAGAACAUAACCAUGAAUUCAAACUACCCCGGCAACGAAAGAAGCUUCAUGCUCACCAACUCCCUCUUCCGAGUUGGCGGCGCCGCCUUGCUUCUCUCCAACAAACCGCAAGAUGCCGAGCGAGCCAAAAUGCGGCUUCUCCAUUCGGUUCGGACCAGCGUGGCCGCCGACGACGAGGCCUACAGUUGCGUCUUUGUCACGGAGGACGACGACGGCGUCUACGGGGUCCGUCUCCGCCCUUCUCUACACACCGUCGCUGCUACGGCCGUGGGUAACAAUUUAGCCAAGCUCGGGCCAAAAGUCCUUCCAUUGCGCGAGAAAUUAUACUACGCCUACAAUUGGCUCUGCAUAAAGUUGUUUAAGAUGAAGGUGGAGCCCUAUAUUCCUAACUUCAAGCUGGCCUUUCACCACUUUUGCAUCCACCCGGGAGGUCACGGCGUCAUCACCGGAAUCGGGAAAAACCUGAAGCUGAAUGAGUACGAUCUGGAAGCGUCGCGUAUGGCGCUUUUUCGCUUUGGCAACACAUCAACCAGCGGCGUGUGGUACGAAAUGGCGUACUUGCAUGCAAAAGGGCGGCUCAAAGUGGGGGAGCGCGUGUUGCAGAUUGCGUUGGGGUCGGGGUUCAAGUGCAACACCGCUGUUUGGGAAGUGCUGAGGGAGAAGCAUCCUUUGGAGACCAGCUGCUGGGACGACUGCCUUCACAGGUACCCCUGUGAUACCAAAAAAAAUUACACGGAUGAUUUCUGUGACCAGUGGCUCUGUCCUCUUGGUCCUUCCAACGACUUGGACACCACCACAAGCUGAUUGCAGCGAUAUAACUGACUCAAACGCUGCUUACUAUUUUAAUUUGCUAUGCAUCUAGUGAAUUGCUACGUAAAGUUCCUCCUCGGUACUCUUCUUUUGACGCUUUGUUUGAUUCCGAGGCCCUUCAAUAGAAAAGAUGGCCUGUGGGCAGUUAAAUAAAGUAGUAAAUUUGAUUUGAGCAAUUUCAGUAAAAUGAUUAUGAAGCUAAUAUUAUAUUUUUAUGGAGGAUUUUAAAAUAUUUUAUGAUAGUUUUGUAAUUGUGGUAUUGAAUUCAGCAAUAAUCAUCUUUAUGGUUUAGAGAUCUUAAUGCUAUCAUUUUUCUUUUAAAUGCA